AGCAGCAGCCGCCGCCGCCGCAGCCUCCUCCAGCAGUCCUCGGCCCUGACAGGGGUGGGAAUAGGAGGGAGGAGGCGCCCAGAGGGGCCAGGCAGGGGCCCGAGGCAUGGCGGGCCGCAGGGAGCCCGGGGAGAAGCGCUGGGAGCUGGUGCGCUGGUAUGUACGGGAAGGCCGAUUUCGGAUCGAAGAGAGGACCUUGACUGCCUUUCAGUGGCUAUAUACUCCCCAGCAACACCGAAUCCUCAGCAGAGCUGACCUUGAGUCUCCCACCAGGAUCGACAAGAACAUGCUGGCCAGCCUGAAGGUCAAGAAACAGGAGCUAGCCAACAACACAGAUGUGACCAUCCCAGAUCGGCCCCUGUCCCCUCCCCUCACGGCUCCCCCAACCAUGAAGUCUGCAGAAUUCUUCGAGAUGUUGGAGAAGAUGCAAGGCAUCAAGUUGGAGGAGCAGAAACCAGGACCCCAGAAAAACAAGGAUGACUACAUCCCAUAUCCCAGCAUUGAUGAGAUUGUGGAAAAAGGAGGCCCUUAUCCACUGGUCAUCCUGCCUCAGUUCGGGGGUUACUGGAUCGAAGACCCAGAAAACAUCGGCACGCCGACAUCGUCUGACAGCAGCAUCUUUGAGGAGGAGGAGGAGAACCUCAGCCCCGGCAUGUUUGGCUACAGGCUGGAGUGCAAGGGUGAAGCUCGGGCGUACAGGAAAUACUUCCUAGGGAAGGAUCAUUUAAAUUUUUAUUGUACUGCCAGUAGUCUGGGAAACUUGAUUCUGUCCAUCAAGUGUGAAGAGGCGGAAGGCAUCGAAUACCUGCGAAUCAUCCUCAGGUCCAAAGUGAAAACGGUUCAUGAGCGGAUUCCCCUGGCGGGACUGAGCAAGCUCCCCAGCAUCCCUCAGAUUGCAAAGGCUUUCUGUGAUGAUGCUGUGGGACUGAAAUUCAAUCCCGUCCUGUACCCCAAGGCAUCCCAAAUGAUUGUGUCCUAUGAUGAGCACGAAGUCAACAACACCUUCAAGUUUGGCGUCAUUUAUCAAAAAGCCCGCCAGACGCUAGAGGAGGAGCUGUUUGGAAAUAAUGAAGAGAGCCCAGCCUUCAAAGAAUUCUUGAGUCUACUGGGAGACACCAUCACACUACAAGAUUUUAAAGGUUUCCGAGGUGGCUUGGAUGUCACCCAUGGCCAGACCGGGUUGGAAUCAGUAUACACUGUAUUCCGGGACAGGGAGAUCAUGUUUCAUGUCUCCACAAAGCUGCCAUUUACUGAAGGCGACGCCCAACAGCUCCAGAGAAAGAGACAUAUCGGGAAUGACAUCGUGGCUAUUAUCUUCCAAGAAGAAAACACUCCCUUUGUCCCCGACAUGAUCGCCUCCAACUUCUUGCACGCCUACAUCGUAGUCCAAGCCGAAAACCCAACUGGAGAGACCCCGUCCUACAAGGUCUCAGUCACUGCUCGAGAGGAUGUACCACUCUUCGGUCCACCCUUGCCCAGCCCCCCAGUGUUCCAGAAGAGCCCCGAGUUUCGGGAAUUUUUGCUCACCAAGCUCACUAACGCUGAGAACGCCUGCUGCAAGUCAGACAAGUUUGCGAAGCUUGAGGACCGGACCCGGGCAGCCCUGCUGGACAAUCUUCAUGAUGAAAUGCACACCCACACUCAGACUAUGCUGGGGCUGGGGCCUGAGGAGGACAAGUUUGAGAACGGGGGCCACGGAGGAUUCCUGGAGUCGUUUAAGAGAGCCAUCCGGGUGCGCAGCCACUCCAUGGAGACCAUGGUGGGGAGUCAGAAGAAACAUCAGAGCGGAGGGAUCCCAGGCAGCCUCAGCGGGGGCAUCACACAUAACAGCGCGGAAGUGACCAAGACCACCUUCUCGCCUCCAGUGGCAGCAGCCACGGGGAAGAACCAGUCGAGGAGUCCCAUCAAGCGGAGGUCAGGGCUGUUCCCCCGCCUGCACACGGGCUCCGAAGGCCAGGCUGAUAGCCGGACACGAUGUGACAGUGUCUCUAGCACUCCCAAGACUCCAGAUGGUGGCCAUUCCUCUCAGGAAGUGAAAUCAGAAACCUCGUCCAACCCCAGCUCUCCAGAAAUUUGCCCCAACAAAGAGAAGCCUUUUGUCAAGCUGAAGGAAAACGGCCGAUCCAGCAUCUCCCGGUCCUCUUCCAGCACCAGCAGCUUCAGCAGCACAGCCGGGGAGAGCGAGGCCAUGGAGGAGUAUGACAUUGUGAGCAGCCAGCCCUCCACAGCUUCACCCUUCAAGCAGGAAGUCUUUGUCUACAGCCCGUCCCUGAACAUCGAGAGCCCCAGCCUAGUAGCAGCAGCGACCCCUGUUAUCAUGAGCCGGAGUCCGACAGACUUGAAGAACAGGAACUCUCCAAGGUCCAAUCUGAAGUUCCGCUUCGAUAAGCUCAGCCACACCAGUUCCAGCUCGGGCAGUCCUGCCUCAGCCCAGGGAGAUGGCCUCUCUUCCACCAAGACCUUGGGAACAUCUGUCCACUACACUACUCCCUGAAGCUGCUCCCUUGCCCAGUGUCCCCACGCCACUGGCUUCAAGCUGAGGCCAGCCUUCCACUCAGCACCCUCCGUAACCUUCCCCGAUGUUCCCUGGCGGGCACGCCUCCCACCUUUCUGAGAGGAGGCUUCUUGUACCAUGUAGCAUACACUGAACAUGCUGCACCCAGCCCCCCCAGGGCCCAUGCCCAUAGAUCUCUUUGUUGAUUCACUUUGCGUACUCCCAGCCUGUGCCACAGCUGGGCCUCUGGCCAAUGCUGUGUGUGCAUCUGUGCUCUCUCCUACCCAUGAGCACGGCCAGAAAAAGGUCUCUCUGCCCUAAGCUUCCUCCCCUAGCACUCUGUCUCCUCUGGUCCCCACCAUGGUACAUCUCCAUCUUGGUUCUGUGAAUGGUGGGCAGAGGUCAGGCUUUGGGUUCCCAGCCUAAUUAGUCCAUCCUGCUCCCUUCCCUGAUCAAAAUUUCAUUAUAAAGUGCCAGGAAGGCCCAAGACUUAUGUUGGCAGGGCCCCGAACCUCCAUAUCUCUUUCAGGGAGCAGCCUCUGUUUAAGGGGGUGAGAGGUUCCUUCAGAUGCUCCUUUUGGGAACAGGCUUGGGGAGGAUGAGAGAAAGAGACAGAGAAAGAGUGAGACGGGAGCCAGGAAAGCCAGAAGCAAACCUUUCGCGCAGGGAAGGAAGGAGAUGCUUUGAAGGUCAAUGGUCUGUUCUAGGCUCCUGCGAGUUACAUCAUCAUGUCUCGAGUAAAGCUGCCCUGGACAUCUCCUGUGGCCGGGGAAGAUGUCUCUAGGUAGGAGUUCCACUCUUCUAAUGGUUGCCAUCUUCCUCCCAGGAACCAAGUUUGGGAGAGUCUUGGCAAAAUGCAUCAGGACCAGUCAGGCCAUCCCAUCCCUCAUCCCAAUGGGCUUCCCAAAGCAUUCAUUUGUUAGCUCAACAAGCAUUUAUUAAGCAUUUGCUAGGGAAAAAAAUCUGUCCCUUGCUCCCUUCAGCUUCUCCCAACAUCCCGGUGAUCCUACUCAGCACCGUAGGGAGAGAUGUUCAUCGAUGUGGAUUGUCUGCACCCUUCCAUGUCCAAAGUCAGACGUCUCUUCGGCCCUACCUCUUUUCAUUCAGACCACAGGUCACUUUCCAUGGCUGCUACAAGGGGACUCCCUUUCCCCUCCUCUUCCCUAGCUCUGAUGGGCAGCUCCUUGUAAGUGAUCAGAGGUCAAGUGCAGGGUCAAGGAGGGACUAGGAGAGAUUAUGUAGAUGGUCAUUAGUCAGCACAUUCCAAGAGAGAAGAUAGAAGUGUGCCAAGGCUGUUGAGACCUGGACCCAGAUAAAGGCUUCUGCUCACAUUUGGAAUCCACUAGGGGUGUGCUUUAGUAUUCAUCCACUUCUCUUGCCCAGGCUUUAAGACUGAGAGCUGGAAAUCACAAGAGCAGACGUAGCUCCUGGGAUCAUAGAUCCAAAGCAGGCAAAGGAACCUCAGAGACUAUCUAGUCUCUCAUUUUACAGAUGAGGAAACUGAGGCCCAUGAAAGCAAAGUGACUUAUUAAAGGUCACAGAGGUAGUAAGCUUCAGAGGUAGGAUUUGAAUCGAUGUUCCUAGCCCAGAGGCUGACUUUCUAUUACACCAGGGCCCAGUGGAUGCUUUUACCUCUUAGAGAUCUGGACAGCGAGAGCUAACUGAGAAGUAUGCCCAGGAGGUGGGCUUAAGGUUCCCCUAUCAACUCAAUCUCAGACUUUCCAAAAUAUUAAGGGCAAAAGUCAGUCCCACAUGCCAGAUUCCAUAGAACGUCCCCUGGUGUGCCAUCAUGGCUAAAGCAGACUUUAUUCCAGGUCUGUGGCUGAGACCCCUUCCCUUUUUCCUGCCCUGCCCUCCCAACCCCUGUACUACCUGCUCUCCAUCGAUGGGAUUCUGUCCAUGGACUUCUGCUCACCCCAAAGGAGUUCCGAGCCUGGGCAGAAGGGCACAGAUGUGACAUUGGCUCCAUGCCAGAGCAGGCUAUUUUCCUUUAUCUGUUCCCUCUAGUCCCAAGGACCCCACCUCCUUAUGGACCAGCCUGAUUCAUAAGGGCUGUCCCGCCUCUGACCACACUCAGCCCAUCCUCUCAAUCAGAGAUUUGAACCGAACACAAGUUUGGUGCAGCAUGAGGCCCUUUGACUCACGUCCCAUGAUGCUGCCACAGAUGCUUCUGGUGCAGAUGGAGGCUGAAUUUGUCAUUUGAUUUUAGAGUCCGAGAUAGCUAACGCCUUUGAGGAAGUGCAGCCUCACUGCUUUCAAAGAUACCCACUGACUCAAAGUCCUGGCCAAAAUGUGCGUUGCCUCUGAAUUUCAAAAUAGUGUACAGUGUCUCAAUUCAAACUAGGUACUCAAACAAUUUAAUGAGGUCCAGAAGCUUCUGGUGAUGGGCGUCUUUCUUGGGGUCCACAUGCCAGGGGCCUCCAAGAUCCUCCCUAACAAAAACACCUAUCACAAGGAGAGCUCUUAUUCAAACUGCUUUAAGGAAUGGAUCAGAGGCACUUAAUUCCAAUCAAACAACUCAUACACGACAUGCCUCCGGGUCUGUUUUCCUCACCCAAAUUGAAGGGGACAGUUUUCCUUUUUCUUGAGCAACAGUAUAAUUUCCUGCUGACUUCACCAUGAUGCGUUUUAGAAACAAGGACCCCGUUGAUUUGGAAUUUGUAAUAAUUCAAAAGUGGGCUAAGGUCCUUUUUUAUUUUGUUAGAAGGGAGCUUCAUCAGACACAUGACACUUACUAGCUGUAUGAUCCUGGGCAAGUCACUUAACCCUGAUUGCCUCACCAAAAAAAAAAAAAGGGAGCUUCAAAGUUACAUGCUCUAACCUCAUCUUUUGAAAGAUGAAGAAACUGAGGUUUCUUUUGCUCAAGACAAUUUGAGCAAUUUGCAGAAAUAAUUUGCUCGAGGUCACUUAGUGUCAGAAAUAGGAUGAUGAUCCAGGCUCUCUCCCUGCUCCCCCAUCCCCAGCCAGUCCUCUUUCCCCUUUCCCACCCUGCCCACCUGAAAUUUCCCUCGACACACUACCUAUAAGGAGAGGAGUUUAUUCUAAAUAAGUUUAGCCUAAAUAAGAUUGCUCUUAUGAAGAACGUCUCUCAAAAGUUGGCCUAGUCAGGUGCUCUUAAAAAUUUCUUUGGCAGCACCCAUUUGUACAUAAACAAUGUGAUUAUUACAUGUGAUUCUUAUCUUUUUCCCGCAGGUCAGGUAGGACUUGGCCACACUUUUCAUUGUGUCUGUCUGUCCUUGAAAGUCAUAAACAAUGUUUAGUUGCAGAAUAUUCUCUAUUUCUUUUCACUUGUCACUAAUCCAGCCUGAGCCUUCUUCCCCUAGUCCUGUCCUGUCCCCUACUCACAUUAGUCAAAUAAGUAAGUUUUGACUGUAGCUGCUUCCAUCUGCUUGGAAGCAGCAGUGCCUUUAAUCAUGGUUUGGGGUGAUUGCGUUUUUAGAUUGUAAUGUGUCUCCCCCACCCCUGGGAGCAUCAGGCCCCAUCUCCUCCUACCACCCUGUCUGGCUCUAACCCAUUCAGCCUGCCUCCAGGCAGGCAGCUGUCUGUCUUCUUUGCUGCUCCUCGGAGAUGGAGUUUGGUGAGAGUAGACCAGCAGCCUUGAAUUCUCAUUUCCUUAUAUGUUGGCUUCAGUAGCCUCUGAAAUAGCCCUUCCUCCCUUUGGGUCUGGCAUGAAGACCCAGCAUCCUGUAAAUACUUACCAUGUUGGCUUAAAGAGUGAAAAUUAUCUGCCCAUCUGUGUCCCCGGUCCCAGGAGAAGGAAGAAAACAAGGCUAGGAACAAGGUUCUUCCUUGUGCCUCUGGAUUUCAAAUUUGUGUUCAGUACUGCAAUCCGAACUUGGCUUUUAAACAACCUAAAAGACUUGACAGCACAGUAUUUCCUACUGAUGGGGGCCUUCGGGUCCCUGAGAGCUUCUCUUACAGUUGCAUCUAUAGAAUGAUCAUGCCCUUCUCCUGGACUCUUGGCCUUUGGCAUCGCUCUUUGGACUUACUGACGUUAGGUGUGAGGAAUAGAGAAUUAGCAUAACUCUGCUGGUUAUUAGCACUCAGCUUUGUUAAUUUGGAUGGUUCUCCUUGGGAAUCUGAGAAGCUUGCCUCUGUGCUGUCUAUGAAGAAACUGUUUGCCAGGUAGGCUUAUAGCUAGUGGUAGGGAUGGGGGAAGAUUGCAUCUGCUUGAGGAAAUCAAGUGUUUUCAGGCACGUUGGUGGCACCCGACUGCUUACAGCUGCUGAUUAACUCAAUAAGACAAGCUGAUUCUUCACCGUUCAUUAAAGUGGCCCCAGCAGAACCUUUCCUGGCAAACCUUAGGUCAGCUAGAAUGACUGUUUAUGUUUGCAGAGUGACGAGGCAGCCUUCCUUUGGAAUUGCUAUUUUAGGCAGGCUUCAAAAUCCUAGAAAUCAGAGGCUGGGGCUUUGGAGACCAUCUCAUCCUACUCCUUCCCCUUAGGGAGGAGAUAAACUGAGGCCCAGAGGCAUGAAUGAAUUCACCCACGGUCACAUUGCCACGGAGUUGGGACUAGACACCAGGUCUCCGAUCCCAGUCAAGUGUUCUUUCCAUAUGCUCACCCCUACCACCACCCCCAUCACAUCCCCACCCCCAUUAGUGUGAAUGAAUAGCGUUAACUGCGUCCUUGGAUUCUACCAAAGUGAAUAAGUUGGGCUCUUAAGAUUGGUGCCUGAGUAAGGGAUAUGGAAGUCCAACUUUCUUAGGUGGUGUAGGACUUGGCCUCAGAUAAGUAACACAGUAAGUGUUUAAUCAGUGUUGAUUUGAAUGAGAUGGAAUUGGAAGGAGAAUUUGUUGAUUUUCUCUAGCAAAGACUUCCUAGGACUUUGAGCCCACCAAGAAAAUGAAAUGUCCAGAUGGCCAGCUAGAUCCUUGAUCCAUUUUAGUCACUGAGCUCAUGCUAGCUCACCAACCCCAAGCCUUUUGUAGGAGUUGGGGCUGGGGCCAAAAACAAGGUAUAGUUUAAACCCACCCCAGUUCCCUCUUGGCAAACAGCAAAGGAGUAGUGUCAAAAAAAAUUAGUGUCUUUCCUAUCCCAUACUACCCCACCACCUCAUUCCCCCAGUGAGUAGAAUGGGAUGCUAGAUUUCAUGGUAGGGCACACAUCAAUUCAUUUAGAUGUUGCCCCAAGGACUGUGCAGAAAUAAAUGUCUAUUUAUUACGUUCCUACAUUCAUAAAGAUCAGGCCUAGAGAACUGGGAAGUGUUUAGGGGGGAAGGGCAAGGCUCACAGAAGUAGGCCCUCAAAUGAUAAUAGACCAAAGGAAUGGUCUUCCUCUAAUUACCUGGGGUGGUGGUGAGUUAGUAUUUGCCAAGGGCAGGACUUCCCAGGAAUUACUCUGAAGUAGAAGAAAGAUUACUGGGCACUCAGGGCCAGUUCUAGGCAAAUUUUAUUUGCCCAAGCUCCAGUUCCAUUCUUUUCUCCUCCAAGUCCUAAGAAAGAUGUGCCAUGCUGGUGAGGCUGGUCUUAUAAACUACUGUGUGUGUCACUGGAAUACCCAUCCCCCUGGAAAGAGAGAUGGGUCAGGCUACGGAAGUGUCAGUCAAUUGCAGCUGAGCAUAGCAGACAAGGACAAGAUGGCCCUAGAAGGAGGGUACUUGGCUUCCUGCUUUAUGUCUAGCCUGGGCAGCUCCAGUGGGAUAUAGGUGAGCUCAAGAGGAAAUGAAUUCUCAUCCAUCCUUUUCUUUUGUGACGUUUCACUUUCCUGUACUUUAUUUUCUGCUUGAAGGAAUAAACCUGUCCCUUUCUAUUCCUCUUGCUUAUCUUCUAGCAUGGUUGAAGAUCCUACUUUUUCUUUUUCAUGAAUGUAGUUUUGUGAUGCCCCCUCAAGUGCAGCAAUGUUCACCUGUGAAAAGAGUUCCAGGGAGUGAUGAAAUCUCAGAGCCAAGCUCAGCUCUGACAGCGGUGGUGAUUAUCACGUUCCUUGUUCCUUUUUCCUUGUUAGAGCGGAGAGGUGCUUUGUAGAGUCUGAUUGUCUAUGCCCUGUAAAUAGUGUACAUUUAAUUUAUUGCUACGGUAACACGGUGUAUUGGUUAAUGUAUAAAAUGAAUUCUAAAAAGUUCACAAAUGUAUAUUUUGUUGCUUAAAUGUGUCUUUGCAGAAAUUCACAAUAAAUAACAUAUUUUGUGUCCA